UCCUUAAAAGCCUUCUCUUAAAAGCGGAAUCCAAAGCUGAACCGAAGAUCUUAAACUGAAAUCAUUAAUACGGAGUUUACAUAUAAGAGAGCCGAGUGACACCAUGUCAGAUUCCGAGGUGGAGAGCCAGUCCCCGGAGCCCGUGGCCGAGGAGGAGGCUCUCUUCAGCAGCCUAGACAUCUUCCUCUUCUCCCUCAUCGCCGGCCUGCUCAUCUACUGGCUCCUGGCCCGCAAGAAGAAGGAGGAGAUCCCCGAGUUCAAGACGCUCACCACUGUAGCACUGACUGUCAGAGAAACAAGUUUCAUCGAAAAAAUGAAGAAAACAAACAGGAACAUCGUGGUGUUCUACGGCUCUCAGACGGGGACGGCCGAGGAGUUCUCCAACCGGCUGGCCAAGGACGCCCAGCGCUACGGGAUGAGGGGCAUGGCAGCAGACCCAGAGGAGUACGACAUGUCUGAAAUCUCGCGCCUGGUGGAGAUUGACAACUCCCUGGCGGUCUUCUGCAUGGCCACCUAUGGUGAAGGUGACCCCACUGACAACGCCCAGGACUUCUACGACUGGCUGCAGGAGACUGACGCCGAACUGGACGGUGUCAAUUAUACAGUGUUUGCCUUGGGGAAUAAAACCUAUGAACACUACAAUGCCAUGGGAAAAUACGUGGACAAGAGACUGGCAGAGCUGGGCGCCAAAAGGAUCUUUGACCUGGGCUUGGGAGACGACGAUGGCAACCUGGAGGAGGAUUUUGUCUCAUGGAGGGAGCAGUUCUGGCCAGCAGUGUGUGAGCAUUUUGGGGUGGAGGCCACAGGAGAGGACUCCAGCAUCCGUCAGUACGAGCUGGUGGUGCACACUGACAUCAACAUGAACAAGGUGUACACAGGAGAGAUGGGCCGUCUGAAGAGCUUUGAAACCCAGAAACCGCCUUUCGAUUCGAAGAACCCCUUCCUGGCCCCGGUCACUGCCAACCGCAAGCUGAACAAGGGGGGCAGCCGCCAUCUGAUGCACCUAGAGCUGGACAUCUCUGGCUCCAAGAUCAGGUAUGAUUCAGGAGACCAUGUCGCCGUUUACCCCAUAAACGACGCGUCGAUUGUGAACAAGAUUGGAGAUGUCCUCGGGGUGGACCUUGACACCGUAAUCUCUCUCAACAACCUUGACGAGGAGUCCAAUAAGAAGCACCCGUUCCCGUGCCCCACCACGUACCGCACGGCUUUGACGCACUACCUGGACAUCACCAACCCCCCUCGCACCAACGUGCUCUACGAGCUGGCGCAGUAUGCCACCGACCCCAAGGAACAGGAAACCAUGCGCAAGAUGGCCUCCUCCUCCUCUGAGGGCAAGGCGCUGUACCAGAGCUGGGUGCUGGACUCUAGGAGGAACAUCCUGGCCAUUCUGGAAGAUAUGCCCUCCCUGCGCCCGCCCAUCGACCACCUGUGCGAGCUGAUGCCCCGCCUGCAGGCACGCUACUACUCCAUCGCCUCGUCCUCCAAGGUACACACCAACACCAUUGCCGUCUGUGCUGUGGUGGUGGAGUACGAGACCAAGACUGGGCGAACUAACAAGGGCGUGGCCACCAACUGGCUGAAGAACAAAGUGGUGACCGACAAUGGCCACAAGUCCACGGUCCCCAUGUAUGUGAGGAAGUCCCAGUUCCGCCUGCCCUUCAAGGCCAGUAACCCCGUCAUUAUGAUUGGCCCUGGCACGGGCAUCGCCCCCUUCAUGGGCUUCAUCCAGGAGCGAGGCUGGCUCAAGGAGCAAGGGAAGGAGGUGGGCGAGACAGUGCUGUACUACGGCUGCCGUCACAGAAACGAGGACUUCCUGUACCAGGAGGAGCUGGAGGAGUUUGAGAAGGCUGGGGUUCUCACCAAGCUCAACGUGGCCUUCUCCCGGGACCAAGAGCACAAGGUCUACGUGCAGCAUCUCCUAAAGAAGAACAAGGAGCAUGUGUGGAAGCUGAUUCACACUGAGAACGCACACAUCUACAUCUGUGGGGACGCCCGCAACAUGGCCCGCGACGUGCAGAAUGCCUUCUACGAGAUCGCCGAGGAGGUGGGCGGCUUGACUCACACCCAGGCCGUUGACUACAUCAAGAAGCUGAUGACCAAGGGCCGGUACUCGCAGGACGUGUGGAGCUAAAAGCCAGAAGACUCACCAAUUCUCACACAGCACAUCAUAGGGUUUUUUUUUCCCUUCCCUCCUACCACUGUUGGGGUUUGUCUUUUUUUUUUUUUUUUGGGAGGGGGGGUCAUUUAAAACCAGUGUCAGUUAUUGCUGCUGGUGCACACUUGCACACACAAAUGCAAGAGAAGACAAAAACCUUCCCCAUUUUCAUGUUUUGUUUUUUCCCCACCCAGAUUGGUUCAUUUUUAAACGCUGUCGACACCCUUACGAAUGGCACUUGUUCAUACCAGCGGUGCAGUAGGUAGGCUGAUAACAAGUGUAGUUCGUAACACUUGCAGUUUUCUAUGUGUAAAGGAGGAAACAGUCUUUAAAUAUCUUUAGUAUAACUUCAGAUAGACUGUAAAGUUAAAAAUGAGAACCAAAAUGCACGGCAGUGGUUUUGUAGUCAGUUUAACUGGCAUCAGUAUCAGAAGUAAAUCAAUGUCAAGAUGUGUAUGCAAGAUGGGUCACCAAGGAUGGAAUUGUAUAGGGGGGUAGUUGCGAAGGGUUUGUAAAAAAUAGAUGUUUUAAUAUUUUGGUGAGAAACUGUUAACUGAAAGCCCAAAUCAUGUAAUGGGAUUUUACACACAGAUGUAGCCUUGGAAGACAUGUAUAGAAAAUGUUUUGUUGAUGUAUUACCUUCUAAACUAAUAUAAUGGAGCCAUGAAAAAUGUUUCUUGCAAUACAGGCGCAAGAACAGAAUGGAUAAUGUUCAGUAGUCAUAGUUCCUAAUCAGCACAGUUUUAAUCUAUAAUGUAUUUGUUUAACAAGACUGCCUUUUCCAUUAUGUGGAUUUUAACAUCUUCACACUAUUUUUUUUAUGCACUAGAAAGUUAAUGUAAAAACAGUGAAGUACUGUGCAACACUUGGAUACCUUGCAUAUCAGUUUCGGACACAAUGUCCAUGAGAUAUAUUUGACACUGUGUUGUCAGUAAAUGCAUACAUCUGGUCAGUAAUUGCACAGGUCUGGUCUAUCUCCAGUGUCUCUCUCUUUUUUUUUUUUUGAAUAAAGAACCUGUGAGUGUCUCAAGUCAAGACAGUUUAUUUUGGAAAUGAGAAUUUGAGCCUAUUCCAUGGAUUGCCUUGGCGGACAAGGUUCAAAUGUGAAAAGCAUGUUUUGUUCGUCAGAACCACAAGAUAUUUUUAAUUGAUAUCUGAAAAUCAAACUUGACUGUUCCGUGUACUCAACCUCUGAAGCAUGCUAAAUACAUGUAAUGUUAAAUUGUUCCCCCUUUUUGGAGGGGCAUAAAAGCUUGUAUGUGGAGGCUGAAUGUACACAGGGUCCAGUUUACCUCAAGGAGCUCAUUGUUCGCCGUAAAGAUUUGAGUCAAUGCUAAUGCAGCGGUUUGUGAUCUGUUGGAGAGGGUGGGAUUGUGCCGUUAGGGCAAGCGGAUACUGUUUUUUCCUUGUAUCACUGUUAUCCUGUGUUGCGGAUCAUCAUGUUCCUUUCUUAGUCUCGUGGUCUAUUUUAGCAGCAUUUAGUAGCAAGGACCUUGUCCACACCUCCCUGAUGUCAUGCUUUCCUGUGCUGUAUGCUUUAUAAAAAUCUGAUCUCUGUGAUGGUGUUAGGCUGAGGAUUGUAUCGGUGCAUCUUGUAUUUUUCGUAUCAGGCUGAUGGUUAAAAUGUUUGUCUUCUGUGGGUAAUUUGGGGCUUUUAUCAGCUUUUGAUUACCACAUGAGAUGGAAUUGAGUGGAAUUAUUACUUGGAAUUAAAACAAAGUUAAAACAAGUUAAAUGUGAAUGGAUCAAUUGGAAUUUGGAAAUCAUGUUAGAAUCAUGCUGGAGCUGAGUUUUAAGUGGGGACCGUCCUGUGAUUGAGACGGUCAAAACUGAUGUGCAUUAUGUGGGUAUUUUGUUUUUUUUGUUCUUUUUUUUGGUCCCUACUAGAAUUGAUGUUUCCUCAGUACUAACAGGGCACCUGAUAUCUGGAAAGUUCCAGAAAGACAGGGCUUGUCCUUAUUCUCCUGAGGAAUGCAGUAUGACGGGGCACCAGAAAGGCAGAGUUUUUUCCAUUGGUGAAAAUGUUUCCGGUUUUGCCAACAGCUCUGCGGUCCCAAAGCGUUAACUGAUGAUGGAACCUAGUGCCUUGCUAUAUUCUGGUCUGCCUUUCCAAUGCUUCUGGAUUUUGUAGGACUGCAUUAGAAAUAGGUACUAUUCAUGUCCCGUGUUACAGUUGUCAGCUUUGAGUUUUAUAUGCAAUAAGUGUUUCCUUUGUAAGAAAAUACAAAUUAAAACU